AUGCACUUCUCUCGCCUCCUACCAGCCUUGAUGGCAAUCAGCUUCGUCUCAGCCCAAGACUUUCUCUCAUCCCUUCUCUCCGAAGCCUCCGCCGCCGCCACCGACCCAGCUUACCAAUCCCAAUUAUCCAGCGCCGCCUCUGCCCUGAGCAGCGAAACCGCCAGCCUCACGGGGUCCGACUUGGCAGCGUACUCUUCGUAUAUUUCGGAAUUGGGUUCUGAUCUCGCGGCCGCCACCAGCGACGUGGGCAGUCUGACCAGCGACAUUGCCUCUGCCGCCGCUAAUACUGGUUCUGGUACGGGCAGUCUUACCGUCACUCCUUUUCUUACUGGUACGGGCGCUCAUACUGCCACUCCGUUUACUACAGGCACCGACCCGGCCGUCGCAUCUGCUACUUCCUCCGGCACUGGUACUGCGGGAACCACGACUAGCAGCAGCGGCAGUACCUCCAGCUCCAGCUCAAACAGUGGUGUGGACCGUGUUGCGUUGCCGGCAAUGGGUGUCUUGGGCGCUGCUAUGCUGGGAUUGGCUGCUGUUUUGUAA